AUGUCAGUCAACGCUUUACGGACGAAUUGCGGUUCUGCUUCGCUAAGAGCUGCUAUUAGUGCCCAAAGCCAACGGGCACUUGCUUCAUUGAACUCUAGAUCAGCUGGUUUGCUAUUGAAGAAUAGAAAUGCUGGCAGUCUAAGUCAGAAAAGAUUCCAAACUACAGCCACAGCGAGCAGCAAAGCCACUUAUAAGAGCCCUGAAAACCCUUUUAAUUUUGGAGCCUAUGCUCGAUCGGAAGAGGUUGAAGCGAUCCCCGAAUCGUUAGCAAGUAAGAUCCCUGCGUUGCGAGCUCUUCAUGCUAGACUGGGUCUUUCGGAAAAGUUUUUAUAUUCCACAUUAGCGAGAGCACUGAUUUGUCGCUCUAGCAAUGUGAAAUUUGCAGACAAUGUUGGAUUAGCCAACUUUGGUAAAUCUGUCUUGUCAUUUUAUGUUUACGAAUAUUUCCUCGUCAAAUAUCCCAGGUUACCUCAUAAAGUGCUUCGUCACGUUGUGGAACUUUACACAUCACUACCGGCAUUGUCUAAAUUAGGCACUUCAUGGGGUGUUGAGCCUGAUAGCAGGUCUUCAUUCACCAGAUAUCUGGCUGAGCAAUCUGAUGAAGAUGUUCUUGGACGUCUGCUAUUUACUGAAAACCUGGUUCAACAAGAACCUGGUGUGGUUCAAGUCGUUGAUAGUGAUAAGAACCACGUUGACUUUAAUGAAGCCAUGGCCAGCUUUGUGCGAUCGCUUGUUGCUGGUGUUUACGCCCAUGGUGGCCUCGAGGAAGCUAGAGACUUCAUUCACAAGUAUAUCAUCCUGCCCCGCAAAGUCGACAUGGCAUCAAUCAUGAGUUUUGACAAGCCCACUCGUGAAUUGGCAGUUUUGUGUUCCCGCGAAGGACUCGAACAACCAGUAUCACGAUUACUGGCCGAGACUGGUCGUUACUCCAAGGCCCCUGUGUUCGUUGUAGGUGUUUUCAGCGGAUCCAGUAAACUUGGUGAGGGUCAAGGAGCCAGCCUGAACGAAGCCAGAACUAGAGCUGCAGUCCAUGCUUUGAAGGCCUGGUACCUGUACUCUCCCAUCAACUCCCAACUUCCAUCAGAUCACAACGAGUCCACCGAGUUCAAGCCUGCAUUCAUCGACACGGGAGCUGUUGUUAUCUAA